CACUCGGGUAUAUAAUAGCAGCGGAUCACGAGAGAUCUAUACACUGCAGGCCUGAACAGCAGCAAAAAUGGGUUCCUCAUCUGCUCUCUUCGUGUCCCUGGCUCUGGUUGCUGUGGCGACCGUGGUCUUCGCCGUCCCAGCAUCUCUGUCCUCUGAAGAGGAGAGUGAUGAAGUCGCAAGCUUUCGAAGUGGCUGCAUUGAAGAAGGAGGAGAGCUGAAGUGCCAAGGUGUGCAGUUUAUGAAUGACAGAAUGACUGAGAAAGAAUGUGCUGAUAAGGGUCAAGGAUAUAUCUCAGAACUGAUGGUCUGCGAUCCCAACAGUAAACCUCAAGGUAGCGGUGGAAACCGGAAGCCAAACAAGCCGAAGCCAGGCAAUAAUUAAAACAGAAAUACUAACAAGCAACGGCCCGGUACUGGCAUCUAUGACAUUGACAUUCACCUUUUUUUCCCUGUUCCUCCUUUUCUUUUCUCUACUUCAUUAUCUUCCCUUCACUUUCUCUCUCUCUGCAUUUCUCUGUCUUUGGCUCUGCCCCUAGGUCCCCUUUCUUUGUCUCUCUUUAGUGCCAUCAUCCACCACCUCAAGGGACGAAAGGACGCAGCACAUCCAUACUUUCACUGGUCUACGGGGUUGAUGUCAGACUGCGCCUCACGUCAGUCUCAUCACCUCGCCUCCAUCAUGCCAGCUGCCCAUCACCCUGACUAACCGAGUACAUACAGCUGGCGUAGUGAGAAAUCCUUUAGCUCUGAAGGCGUUGCUGCGUGCUGACAACCUCCUGACGAUGAUACGAGAGACGCAGCGGCGGGAGUUUUACCAAAUGUCCUUCAUCGUCUUCUGCUACAAGAGAAGGCGAAAAAAAAAAAAAAAGUUGCACCUUGAUUAAAAUUUCAGAAGCACGAUAGGAACAUAAUCAAGUUACUAUUACGAUGAUUGUUUCCAAGGUGAAUAUUACAAAAAAAAAAAAUAAAUAAAUAAAAUAAUGCAUGUCACGCAAAAAAUGUCAUUUGUGUUACGUUUGUUUACGUAGAUGAAAUGACGUGUUGUGUGCGCACUUCUUUUUGGUCUUCUUCGGUUUGGUUUGCAAUAAAGUUUUUCUGGUUCCAGUUACAUUUCUAAA